AUGACAGGGGGCUGUUUGUGGACGACUGGACUGGUUCUUCUCGCCGUUUGUGUGAAGGUUACUGUUUGGGCCAAUGAUGGUGAGGCAGUGUUCAUCAGGGAAUUCACUCUGAUUCGACGAGACCACCUUGCAGAAGAGCCUCUCCAUGAUAGCAACCAAAAACCAGAGGACCCUAGCUCACGGACAGCCCGAUCAGAAGAGGACAGAGACACUCUGUGGGACGCCUGGGGCUCAUGGAGUGAAUGCUCCCGAACCUGCGGAGGAGGCGCCUCAUACUCCCUCAGACGAUGCCUCAGUUCCAAGACCUGCGAAGGGCAGAAUAUCAAAUAUCGCACAUGCAGUAAUGUGGAUUGCCCUCCAGAUGCCGGUGAUUUCCGUGCCCAGCAGUGUUCAGCUCAUGCAGACGUGCAAUACCAGGGUCAGUACCACGAGUGGCUGCCUGUGUACAACGACCCAGACAACCCCUGCGCUCUAAAGUGCAAAGCCAAGGGCUCGGGCCUCGUAGUGGAGCUGGCGCCCAAGGUGCUGGACGGGACACGCUGUUACACUGAAUCCUUGGACAUGUGUAUCAGUGGGGUCUGCCAGAUUGUAGGUUGUGAUCAUGAAUUAGGGAGCACAGCCAAGGAGGACAACUGCGGUGUGUGUAAUGGAGAUGGCUCAUCCUGCAGACUGGUGCGAGGACACUACAAAUCCCAGCAUGCUUCAGGAAAAACUGAGGACACAGUCGUUGCCGUUCCAUUUAAGAGUCGUCAUGUACGUCUGGUUCUGAAAGGCCCGGAUCACUUGUACGUGGAGAGUAAGACUCUACAAGGGGUAAAAGAUGAGCUGUUCUUUGAUACAUCUGGGCAGUAUCACCUGGAGAACACCACCUUGGACUACCAGAAACUUUCAGAUAAGGAGAUCCUGAGAAUCACAGGGCCACUGGGAGCCGACUUCACAGUCAAAGUGCAGUUUGCCAGUGGAGCAGACAGCGUGGUCCAAUACAUCUACUACCAACCCAUCAUCCACCGGUGGAGAGAGACCGACUUCUUCCCUUGCUCCGUAACAUGUGGUGGGGGGUACCAGCUGACCUCAGCAGAGUGCUUUGACCUUCGGAGUGGCCGGGUGGUUGUGGAUCAGUAUUGCCAUUAUUACCCAGAGAAUGUCAAACCUAAGCCCAAACUUCAGGAGUGCAACAUGGAACCCUGCCUGGCCAGUGAUGGCUACAAACAAAUAAUGCCAUAUGACCUCUACCACCCCCUGCCUCGGUGGGAGAGCAGUCCGUGGACCGCCUGCUCAACCUCCUGCGGCGGAGGCAUCCAGAGUCGCUCAGUGUCCUGCGUGGAGGAAGACAUGCAGGGUACCAUCACUGCCACUGAGGAAUGGAAGUGUCUCUACUCCCCCAAGACAGCAAUCCUGCAGCCCUGCAACACCUUCGACUGCCCCACUUGGCUGGCACAGGAGUGGUCACCCUGCACAGUGACCUGUGGUCAGGGUCUGCGCUACAGGGUGGUGUUAUGCAUCGAUCACAGAGGACUCCAUGCUGGAGGUUGUAACCCCACCACCAAACCCCACAUCAAGGAGGAGUGCCUGGUGACUGUGCCCUGUUAUAAGUCCAUAGAUUCGCUGCCAGUUGAGGCAAAACCUGUGUGGCAUAAGCAAGCCAUAGAGCUGGAGGAGGAGAUCAGCGUUACUGAGGACCCAACCUUCAUCCCUGGUCCCUGGCAGCCCUGCAGCAGGACAUGCGGCGCCGGGACUCAGCGACGAUCCAUCAAGUGCCAAGUCUUGCUGUCCUUCUCCCAGACUGUUGCUGACCUGCCCGAUGACGAGUGUGAGGGGGUGAAACCUGCUACGAGUCAGCCCUGCUACCGUACUCCCUGCUCUGGUGUUUCAGGCCAAGGAAAAGAAAAUGAGAAGGAGGGAGAGGAAGAGGAGGAGGGUGAAGAGGAGGAGGGGGAGACACCUGGAAGAGAGGAACUGCAUGACUGGGAGUACGAGGGGUUUACGGAGUGCUCAGAGAGUUGUGGCAGAGGUGUGCAGGAGGCAGUGGUCAUCUGCCUGAACAAGCAGACCAGAGAGGCAGCGGAUCAGAGCCUGUGUGUGAGCUCCCGUCGGCCCCCGCAACUCCUGCAGGACUGCAAAACUCAGCCCUGCCCACCCAGGUGGGAAACAGGGGAGUGGAGUUCAUGCUCUGCCACCUGUGGGGUUGGUCUGAUGACCCGCUCUGUGGCAUGCACUCACCGGCCGUCUCGGGACAGCAACCGCACUGAGGUUUUGAGGGAUGAAGACUGUCAGAGCCCCAAGCCCAAUCCUGUCCAAGCCUGCAACCGCUUUGACUGCCCUCCUGUGUGGGACACACGUGACUGGGGACAGUGCUCCCAGAGCUGCGGUGGUGGAUUUCAAAGGAGGCAGGUCUUGUGCAAACAGCGGUUGGCAGAUGGAAGCAUCCUGGAGCUGCCUGACACGUUUUGCCCUUCCAAGAGCCCCACAAACCAGCAGCCAUGUGGCAAGCAAGAGUGUCCACCUCAGUGGGUCACAACUGACUGGUCCCAGUGUUCAGUGACCUGUGGAAAUGGCAUUCAGAGACUACAGGCAGUCUGCAGAAAACAAGGGGCAGGCAGGGGACAUUGGACCGUAGACCCUGAAGACUGUUCCCAGUUGGCCCGGCCCACCAAAAUCCGGCCAUGCUCCCUCAGGCUCUGUGAAAACUCUGUCAAGCCCGAUCCCACCAUACUGGCCCAGAAGAAAGUGUAUAUCCAGUGGAGGAAGGGCAAAAAGUUACAGUUGGUAGUGGGAGGUUAUGCCUACCUGCUCCCCUGGACAACUGUGGUCCUUCGCUGCCCAACCAGACACAUGCGCAAGGGCAACAUCCGAUGGCUGAAGGAGGGGAAGCCUCUGGACAGCCUCCCACAUCUCUCCAUAACACCACUAGGAUAUGUAAAGAUUCAGCAGGUGCGUGCAUCUGAUGUCGGGAUAUACACGUGCAUUGCAGGUCAGGCACAAGAGCAUUUUGUCCUCCAGAUCAUUGGCAGCAAGCAGAAGCUCUCUGUUCCAGAGUCGUGGCUCCUUGCAGGUGGACAACAGAAGGUUGGACAGCCAGAAGUGGAAUCAACAGGGGAAAGAUUUCAAGAGCUGCCCAUGUCCCUCAACCAAUAUGAUAACAUUGUUGAGCGUUUGCUUGAACUCAAAGGCUCUCUCCAAGAAGAAAAAGACACUGCUGUUAAAACACACUCCAGUGAAAAGAACAGAUCGACCCUGGAGGACGAGAGAACAAACUCAGAACUUUCAAACUUCCCUGUACUCAUCGCAGAUACCCACAGGCUAGAUGAGAUCAUGCAGAACCUCUCAGAAGGCCUCGGAGGACCAUGGGGGGAACAACUCAUCGCACAGUUGCUCAGUGAGCUCACAAUGACACAGGGGGAAACAAACGAGUCUACCCUUCAUCCCCCGGACAGUGCAGAAUCCUCCACACAAGGGCCCCUCCUUUAUAAACCCAACUUCAAAGCCCACGGGUCCAGGCCGCGAAGCCCGGUGAUAAUCCAACGGCCCAGGAAGGUUGGAGUCGUGCUGUCGUCUGAAAUGAUCGUUCAUGUUGGAGUGCCAGUUCUUCUUCAGAAACCCAUUGCUAGUUUGGAGCUGAGGUGUGAAGCACUUGGAAACCCUGAACCGUCCCUAACGUGGACAAAGAAUGGGAAAGAGUUGCACUACAACAGCAGAGUAGGCCUGUUGUCCACCGGCUCACUGAGGAUCCAGUCUCCAAGCAAGGUGGAUGAGGGUCUGUACACCUGCACCGCCAGGAACCGUCUAGGAUCGACAUCUCUUUCGUCUUCGGUGCAGAUUUCAGGUGGCAAAGGAAGAAACUGUGCCCAUGGUAAUACUGUGGGACCAAAUGGCCCUGUUUGCUCUGAGAGGAGUAACACUAGCCAGUCGGCUGAGCUGUGCCAUGGACAAGCCUGCCCCCUCAGGUGGCGAGUGGAUCCUUGGUCACUAUGCUCAGCACAUUGUGGAGGUGGGUCUCAGACCAGGAGUGUCCGCUGCAUAAAGGGACCUGAGGGCAGAUCAAGAGAGGUGGAGAGCCAGCACUGCCUCGGCACAGGGAGGAGACCCUCUGACACCAAGCUGUGCAACCUGCAGCCCUGCGCCAGAUGGGCCACAACCAACUGGGGAGCGUGUCAUGGUCAAUGUGUGGGCCCCAGUUUGGCCACACAGCACCGCCAUGUUUACUGCCAAGACACAAAUGCCACCAAACUCCCCUACAGGAUGUGCAGUGGACUCCAGAGGCCCAGCUCCUUGAAGAAUUGCUCCACAGAUGCCUGUGCCCUUCACUGGCGUGUAGGGCCGUGGACACAGUGCACCGCUACCUGUGGACGCCACGGUUUCCAGUCUCGCCAGGUGACCUGCGCACACCGUCGAACUGGAAAGGCCACACGUGAACAUCACUGCAUGUGGAGGCCUCGACCUCCCAGCUGGCAGCGAUGCAACAUUUUGUCAUGUGGCAGAGCAGGAGAGUGCCGAGACAGCACAAGGUACUGUGAGAAAGUUCGACAAUUGGAGCUUUGUGCGCUGCCCCAGUUUAAGAGUCGCUGCUGUCAUUCCUGCCGAAACACCUGAAGAGUGCUACGGAUGACCUGGAUAGGCCAGGAGAGAUGCUCAGACAGCCGACAGAGACUUGAAACCUCCAUGCCCCGUCCUUACACCCACAACUGUCUUCUAUGAUCAGCAUGGAUGGGGAGACCUGAGUGUGGAGGAAUGUUUGGAUGGUCAUAUCCAAAGUGGUUGGGAUCUAAUGUCCUCAAAGAUAUCAUGUGUGGGUUUGAAUUUGAAAGUUUUUCAAGGAAUGUCUGUUAAUGAAGGCUUCAGUUUUACUUCUUUUUUCAAAGUGUGAUGUUCAUGGAGCUUUCCUAAAUUAUGCAAAUGUAAGCAAGAUACAUUUCCAUUGUUACUAAUAGAAAAAAGUUGUGGUGGCUGUAUUGUUCCAGAAAGAGGAAGUCACAGUGAUGAUAUCACAUGCAGUUUCUCAGUUUUCAUGUAAGAAUAGAACAACAAUUUUUCACCACCAUUUCAUCUCCCAAAUAGGGUGCAUAUUAUCAUGCAGUUUACCUUACAAAUAUGACAUUAAUGUACUUGUUUUUAACUGAUUGACUUCAUACCCAGGGAUUCUGGGUAGACCCCUAAGCUUUUGAUAACCACUGGAUAGUCGUGUGUUUAUUGAAAUGGUCUCCAAACAGUGUUGAUAAAUAGUUUUGAUGCUAAAUGAGCUUUUAUUAUAGGGGUGUGGUAUGUUUAAAUACAGCACAGUGCUGCAUAUUCAUGGGAAAUGGCUAAAAGCCUACGAUUUGAUAAAUGAUAUGCAGUACAUUUGGUAUCAGCUACAUGGGAAAUGGAUCAUGACCUGUGCUAUCAUUUUGGGCAAUUUAGCACAUGUUGAUCAUAACAAUUGGUCAAGUCAUUUGACGAGUAAAGAAAUUAGGAUUGCAGGCAUUGUAACUGCAAUUUUAGUAGGAAAAAAAAUAGGACAUGAAAAAGAUUUAUCUUGCAUGGGUUGCACUAUGGAGGUAUAUGACUAAGGCAAGUCAACUUUUGAGAAAAAAAAAAGAAAAGAAAAAAGGACACUUAUUUUGCACUCAACUCAUCCAAGUCUUUGUUAAGAACAUGACUUGCAGAGUUUUUUUGUUUUAGUGUAUAGUUACAUUGUUUAUAUAUUUUGUUUUGAAGAUUUUUUGUUAAAAUGUCCCUUUUAACCACUUUGUGACUUUUAAACAUGAGGUGAACAUUCUCUCCACCAAAUUGUUUUGUUGCUUUAGUGCGACAUAUGAGGAAAACAACAGUUACAUUUGACAGUACUUGUGCGAGUCUUUUUGCUUGGACAGAUUCCAGUGUUAGUUGAACUUAAAACAUGUAAAUAAGAAUUCUUUGUUACAUUUGGAUAUUGGUUAAAGCAGUAGGGAACUGUUUUAAGGUCAUCAUUAAUGAACCAUAUUUGUGCCGAAUAGGCAGGGUUUGCACUUUUGAUAUAAUGUCCCGAGUUUCACAAUGCUUUUCAUCAUCAAGUGCAACACAUACCUUAGCAGAUGCUUUUUAGGUGUGAUUAUUUGACUUUGUGAAAGACAAACAUGAUUAACAUAUUACUUAUGCUCUUAAGUUAUGUAGAUAUUUGUUUUGUCCUUUAACUAUUUAUUUUCAUGCGUGUUCUUGUGCAUAGUUUUGUAAAUAAUUACAGGGGUGGGUUUUAAGUAUUAAUUUCCUUCCAGUUUUUUUGAUGUGCAUGCCAUGGGGACCCUCUGCUGGUGAACUGAUGUGUAGC